AUGCAUAUAUGCCUAUGGUCACCAAUGCAACGUGGUACAUUUGAUAUUUCAACUCCAGGUGCUCAUUCAUGUUAUCAUAAAAUAGCACCAUGUGGUAAUAUUAAUUCAUCAUCAUCAUCUCCACGUACAUCAUUAGUUGCUGGUAGUAAACAUAAAGUUGAAUUUCAACAAAAUCUUAAUCAUUAUUAUACAAUAAAACCUGGUACAAUUGAUAUAUCAUUUGCUGUAGGUCUUAAUCCAUCUGAAAAUGAUUUUACUGUAAUACAUUCAUUAUCGGAUUAUAAUGCAAUGAAUCAAAUAACACAAACAAAUUUUUCAGUUGAAAUUAAUUUACCAAAUCAACCAUGUGAUGAAUGUGUUCUACGUGUUCGAUACUUGUCAAAUAAUCCUUUAGAAGAUGAUCAUGGAACAGUUUUUCAUCAAUGUUCAGAUAUAAAAUUAACUCAAACAUUAAUUAAUAUAAAAAGGAAAGACAAAGAACAAGAAAAACGAGUAGAAAGUAUGAAUAAAGAAAGACAAGAAGAUCCACAUGAUUGUUGUAUACCAGAAAGUUAUGUUAAUUCUUUUUUUCAUAUUAUACCUGCUAUUGAUUUUCGAUCAGAAGGAGUAAUUUAUUAUGAUAAAAAAGCAAAACAAAUGCGUGUUACUGUAGUUAAUAAUGGUGGUCGUGGUAAUACAACUUAUGAUGGUUUAUUUCAUAUGUGGAUGAAUUUUACAUCAGGCAAACAAUAUUAUUAUAAUUAUCGUAAUGGUACAUGUGAUCUUUAUGGGUUAGAUUAUUGGAAUGAUUGGUGUUUUGGUAAUAAAUAUAAUCAAAGUGAAGAUUUUGUUGCAGCUGAUAUUCCAUGUACAUCACCUCUUGCACCAUCUAGUAAAUGUCAUCAAUGGCGUAAUGGAGAAUUUCUUUUUGAAACUUAUGCAGAUGAUUCAUGUUUUCCAUCAAGUAUAUCUCGGCCUAGUGGAGAACGUAUUGUUUAUUUUGGAGGAAGUGUUCAUCCAAUUCCAUCAUAUAUUUUUAUACCUGAUCCAGUUUGUCUUAAACAGAAAAAAGUUAAACAUGCUCCACCUGGAUGGAUGAGAUUUCAUUUAUAA